AUGCUGGACCGUUUGCGGAGCGAAACACUGGGACUCCUGGGCGGGAUCGAUGAGAUCUUUCCCUUCUACCUGACAGCCUCCUUCCUGGACGGUGGCUAUACGUGCUGUAGCAUGAUCAUGGCGCUCUCUUCCGCAUUCGGGAAUGAUUGCCUCAUCUUCUACGACCGCGACGACUUGGGUUAUACCGUGCUGGACAAUCUCAUGAUCACCGUCCCUCUCUCGCACAGGAGCGUCAGGCCCGAGCACGUCAGUGCGAGACUCAACCCACCAGACCACUCUCCAGGAGAAGAAAAGGACAUCUGGGGCAGAUGGGAUGCCAACUCACCGGACGUCCGCGCCCUCUUCCGGCACGGAUACUCCCGCAUCCAACAAAGCGAAAGCAUGCCUUCUGCCACAGCGUAA